CUUUUGAAUAAAGAGGUGUGACACAGCUUCCUGUUUCUGGUGCAAUUCCCGCUGCCAACACCGUGACUAUAGAACGCUUCGAACGCUUCCAGUCAUCGUGCGACUGCGUCGCCAUUAACAUUGUCCAUUUCUAUGCUUCCUCUUCUCAAGUCCGUCACAGUUUCCAAACUUUCUUCAUUGCAUCAACGUGCUCACCAAUGUUUUUCAUCAGCUACAUCUUUUCUACAAAAAGAUACCAAUUUCAGCACUUUAUUCAACUCCUGUGUGAAUGUUAAUGUCACCAAGCAACUUCACGCUCUUCUAGUUGUGUUUGGAAAAUCUCAAAAUGUUGUUCUAUCUACAAAGCUUAUUAAUUUGUAUGUUACUCUCGGAGAUAUCUCGUUAUCUCGCUCUACUUUUAACCACAUUAACAAAAAGAAUAUAUAUUCAUGGAAUUCAAUUAUAUCUGCUUAUGUUCGAUUCGGCCGAUACAAUGAAGCUAUGAAUUGUGUCAAUGAAUUGUUUUCCAUGUCUGAUGAUUUAAGGCCUGAUUUUUAUACUUUCCCGCCUAUAUUGAAAGCUUGUGUAUGUCUUGUUGAUGGGAAAAAGGUGCAUUGUUGUGUUUUUAAGAUGGGUUUUGAGAAUGAUGUGUUUGUUGCUGCUUCGUUGAUAAAUUUGUAUUCGCGGUUUGGUGUUUUGAAUGUUGCGUUUAAGGUGUUUGUUGAUAUGCCUGUGAGAGAUGUGGGUUCUUGGAAUGCGAUGAUUUCGGGGUUUUGUCAGAAUGGAGAUGCGGAUGGGGCGUUAUGUGUGUUGAAUAGGAUGAAAGGUGAGGGGGUGAAGAUGGAUACUGUAACGGUGUCGAGUAUACUUCCUGUUUGUGCGCAGUCGGAGGAUAUUGUUAAUGGGGUUUUGAUUCAUUUGUAUGUGUUGAAGCAUGGGUUGGAUAGUGAUGUUUUUGUUUCCAAUGGUUUGAUUAAUAUGUAUUCGAAGUUUGGUAGGUUGUGGGAUGCACAGAGGGUUUUUGAUUAUAUGGAAGUGAGGGAUUUGGUAUCUUGGAAUUCUAUAAUUGCUGCAUAUGAGCAGAAUAAUGAUCCGAAUACUGCACUUAGAGUUUUUAAAGGGAUGCAAAUUGUUGGAAUACGGCCUGAUUUGUUGACGGUUGUGAGUUUGAUGUCAAUAUUCAGUCAGUUAAGUGAUCAAAGGGUUAGCAGAUCUAUUCAUGGAUUUGUUAUGAGGCAUGGAUGGAUUGAGAAGGAUGUUGUGAUUGGCAAUGCACUUGUGAAUAUGUAUGCGAAGUUGGGAGAUAUGAACUGUGCACAUGCAGUUUUUGAUCAGCUUCCUAGCAAAGAUGCAAUUUCAUGGAACACAUUGAUCACAGGUUAUACUCAAAACGGUCUUGCAAGUGAAGCAAUUGAUGCUUACAACAUGAUGGAAGAGUGUAUAGAUAUAAUCCCAAACCAAGGGACUUGGGUGAGUAUUAUACCCGCAUAUUCUCAUGUUGGAGCUUUGCAACAAGGAAUGAAAAUUCAUGGGCGGCUAAUAAAAAACUCUCUCUACUUGGAUGUCUUUGUGGCUACCUGCCUAAUUGACAUGUAUGGAAAAUGUGGGAAGUUGGAAGAUGCAAUGUCCUUAUUUUACGAAAUUCCACGGGAAACUUCAGUUCCUUGGAAUGCCAUAAUAUCUUCUCUAGGGGUUCACGGCCAUGGAGAAGAAGCUCUGCAACUUUUCAAAGAUAUGCUAGCUGAAGGUGUGGAGGCAGAUCAUGUUACCUUUGUAUCUUUGUUGUCGGCUUGUAGCCAUUCGGGUUUAGUUGAUGAAGGGCAAAAAUGUUUUGAUAUUAUGCAGAAAGAGUAUGGGAUCGAGCCUAGUUUGAAACAUUAUGGCUGCAUGGUUGAUUUGCUUGGCAGAGCUGGAUAUUUGAAAAAAGCUUAUGAUUUAGUGAGAAGUAUGCCUGUACAACCAGAUGCAUCCAUCUGGGGUGCUCUUCUCUCUGCUUGUAGAAUACAUGGAAAUGCAGAAUUAGGUACAUUAGCCUCAGAACGUUUAUUGGAAGUUGAUUCGGAGAACGUUGGCUAUUAUGUUUUAUUGUCAAACAUCUAUGCAAAUACCGGAAAAUGGGAGGGAGUAGUUAAAGUAAGAUCCUUGGCCAGAGAUCGAGGAUUGAGGAAAACACCUGGGUGGAGCUCUGUUGUAGCUGGCAGUAAAGUCGAAGUUUUUUAUACUGGGAACCAAACUCAUCCAAAAUAUGCAGAGAUAUACAGAGAACUAAGGGUUUUGAGUGCUAAAAUGAAGAAUCUUGGCUAUGUUCCGGACUAUAGCUUUGUCUUACAAGAUGUUGAGGAGGAUGAAAAGGAACAGAUUUUGAAUAGUCAUAGCGAGAGAUUGGCCAUUGCAUUUGGAAUUAUCAGUACUCCACCGGGAACUCCGAUUAGGAUAUUUAAAAACUUGCGUGUUUGUGGUGAUUGUCAUAACGCGACUAAGUAUAUAUCGAGAAUUACUGAGAGGGAAAUAAUUGUGAGGGACUCAAACCGUUUCCAUCAUUUUAAAGAUGGGAUUUGCUCAUGUGGUGAUUACUGGUAAAAGAUGCUGAUUUAUGGAAAUCUGAAAAGAUUUUGCCGUAGUACACUAGAUAUGCAUUAAUCAAAACUUUCUAAGGCAGUCUCACAACUUUUUUCAACAUCUUUCACCUGCUUCAUAGCUACAUUGAGUUUAAAGCAUGCCAGGUCAAUAUGUUCUUCAUCUCAUAUCGCCACCUUUGUCUUUCCUUCUCCGGAACCAUUAUCUCUCCUCCAAAGAUCCUCUCAUGGCAUGGGCAGGAAACUCUAAACACAACCUUAUAGAGAACAUAAAAGCUCUUCUUGCACGAAGCUUAAAAAAUUCAAAGGUAAGUAUUAGGGGAGUAAGUUGGCAUGAUUAUUUAUCCCUUUCAGGUUAUACAAUAUAGAUUUACUUUUUUAUUUAUUUUAACUCAUAGAUUUACUUGAACUACUGCUAUUUUAUGAUGUGAAUUUUUUCAUAUUAAAUCUUGAAUUCAACCCUAUCGUAGUUUAUUUAGUUCUCUUUCAAUUUAUCUUGUUUUUUAUUUUUCGCUCAAUUUUUUUCAGAAUUUGAUAAUUUUCUUUUUCUUCUGAAAACAUGAGGUUCAAUAGAUUAUAUCAAAAUAAAAAAGAAGAUAAGCUUCCAGUUUCUUGCCUCUCUCCAUUGUUCUCUUGCUUCCAUCGUUGAUACCCUCGAUGGCCAUUCUUUCGUUUCAUUUGUGUUUGAUCUUUGUAAAAACCCGGGCUAUUUUUAAUGGUAGGAAACAAAAUGCAUACAUUAGGUAGUUUGAGAAAGGUUUUCUUUCAUCAGGUCAUGUCCCUAAUUCCCUUAUAUUCUAUGUUUGAGAUGGUUUGCUGUAACUAUGUUUUACUGUCACUUUGUUUGUGAAGGUUUAUGGUUUUUGUUAGAUUUUGCUUUGGUUUCUAUCUUUUUUUUAUUGUAUGAUUUAUAGAAUAUUUAUUUACAGAGUGUUAGUGAUAGGUUCAAUUUGAUAUAAACAGUGUAAAUAACAGAAAGAGCAGAAAAAUAUAGGAAAGAUUUGAUUAUUUCAGCAACUACCUACUAGAGUUCAAAUGGGAUCUAGUAGUGUACAAGUACUCAGACUGAAAAUAGAAAUAGAAAGAGGGAAUUUAACCCUAGCUAGGCAACUUCGAGAGGCCUAUCUCUCCUAGAAUUUAGUACUGAAUUCUGACAUACUGACUCACUAAUUAUUGCUGCUAUUUAUUCUAAACCUAGGACCAGCUUGUCCACUCACAGCUGGACACCUCACCCUGCCCAUGUGCUGUCCUAACGGUUUUGUACUAUAUGCCAGCUAUUAUUUUCUUCUCUCUCUUGCGUGUCCUUUGAUAGAAUCUCCCAAAUCUACCAAUUCUCCCCCCCUUGAAAAUUCUCCUUGACCUCAAGGAGAAAUUCUGGAAAUUCUGCCUGCAGUUUGUCUACAUUUUCCCAAGAGUUUUCAAACUCAGGUAAAUCUUUCCACUGCACCAAGACUUCCAUUCCUCCCUGUUCAUUCUGUCUUUGUUCCAGAAUCCUCUCAGGAGUUGGUUCUAAAUGCCACUCUUCAUUGAUGCACAAGGGUAAAGGUUGAAUGGCCACAGAAGGGGACACAGCCUUUUUGAGCAAAGAUGCAUGGAACACAGGGUGUACUUUUGUGUCCUCUGGCAGCUUUAACUUGUAAGCUACUGCACCAAUCCUCUGGAUUAUUUCAUAGGGACCAUAGUACCUUGGGCUCAAUUUUUGGUUUAACCUCUUAGCCAAUUUCCUCAUUUUAUAAGGCUGAAUUUUCAGAUAUACUUUGUCUCCUACCUCAUACUCCACAGCUCUUCUAUGUUUGUUUGCUUGGCUCCUCAUAAUGUCUUGAGCUCGAAGUAACUGCUCCUGCAACUCCUUUAAAACCACAUUUCUUUCAGCAGUCAACCUGUUCACUUCAUCUACUGCUGAUGAAGGAAAAUCCCCUCUGACCAACACAGGAGGGGUUCUACCAUACAAGGCCUCAAAAGGAGUCGUUUUCAAGGAGGCAUGGUAGUUGGUGUUAUACCAAUAUUCAGCCCAAGCCAGCCAUUUUGGCCACUGUUUUGGUUUUAACCCAGUCACACACCUCAAAUAGGUCUCCAAACACCUAUUUACUACCUUUGUUUGCCCAUCAGAUUGGGGAUGGUAUGCACUGCUAUACUUCAGUUUUGUUCCUGCUUGUUUAAACAAUUCAGACCAAAAAUGACUCAAAAACACCUUGUCUCUGUCAGAAACUAUGGAGCUGGGAAACCCAUGUAAUCUGACCACAUCCUUUAUGAACACCUCUGCAAUUUCCUUGGUUGUGUAAGGAUGACUGACAGGUAUGAAAUGUGCAUAUUUUGUUAAUCUGUCCACCACCACCAUGACUGUAUCUACUCCCAUAGUCCUUGGUAAGCCUCCAAUGAAAUCCAUGGAAAUGUCAUUCCAUGUUUGAGUGGGAAUAGGCAAUGGCUGCAGUAAUCCCCCAGGGCUCAGGGUUUGAUACUUGUUCCUUUGGCAGAUUUCACAGGCCUGAACAUACUCUUGAAUUCUCUUCCUCAUGCCCUCCCAAUACACCACACUGGCUAUUCUCUUGUAAGUUCUUAAAUAGCCUGAGUGUCCUCCUAUUGCAGUGUCAUGAAAUUCCUUCAAAAUCCAAUCAAUCCUGGGAGAUUGUCUUGGAAUCACAAUCCUGCCUUCAUGAUACAGCCUCCCUCCCUUUAAUUUGAACCCUCCUUGACUGGAAGGAUCAGUCAGUACUGCCUGCACUAUAGAUUUAAGCUUCUCAUCCUUCUGCACUUCUUCCUCUAACCCUUCCCAUGCUUCACAUUGUAAGGUAGUAAUGCUAGCAUAUUGCAUCUGUCUAGAUAAAGAAUCUGCUGCAUUAUUUUCCCUCCCAGGUUUAUAUUUCACUUCAAAAUCAUACCCUAAUAAUUUUGAUAGCCAUUUUUGUUGUUCCUCCCCCAUAAUCUUCUGCUCAGUGAUGAACUUCAAGCUCUUUUGGUCAGUGUGCACCUUGAAAUGCCUUCCCAACAAAUAAGGCCUCCACUUCUGAAUUGUAACCACAAUUGCCAUCAACUCUCUUUCAUACACAGAUUUUUGUUGUGCCCUAUCUGACAGGGUCUGACUCAUAUAGGAGAUUGGUCUUCCUUCUUGCAUAAGGACAGCUCCAAUCCCUUUUCCUGAUGCAUCUGUUUCCAGCACAAACUCCCUCUCAAAGUCAGGUAAUGCCAAGACUGGGACAGUUGUCAUGGCUUCCUUCAGAGCUUCAAAGGCUGAUUGAGCAUCUCUGCUCCACAAGAAACAGUCCUUCUUCAGCAGUUGAGUCAGUGGCCAAGCAGUUUUCCCAUAAUUUCUAACAAACUUCCUGUAAUAGCCAGUCAGUCCCAAAAAACCCCUUAACCCUUUUAUAUCUUUGGGAACUGGCCAUUUCAGCAUAUCUUCAACUUUCUUUGGAUCAGCUGAGACUCCUUCUCCUGAGAUAAUGUGUCCCAAGUAUUCAAUUUCUAGCUGACCAAAAGCACACUUUUUCCUGUUAGCAUACAAUUUCUGUUCCUGGAGCAGAAUCAUCACCAUUUGCACAUGUUUUUUAUGCUCCUCUCUGCUUCUACUAUAGAUCAGAAUGUCAUAAAAAAAAACUAAGCAAAACUUCCUUAAAUAUGGCCUUAAUACUUCAUUCAUCAAUGCUUGGAAAGUUGAUGGGGCAUUGGUCAAGCCAAAGGGCAUUACCAAAUAUUCAUAAUGUCCUUCAUGUGUCCUAAAAGCAGUCUUGGAUAUAUCAUCUUCCUUCAUCCUUAUCUGAUGGUACCCAGCUUUUAAGUCCAGCUUUGAAAAAAUCACAGCCCCUCCCAGUUCAUCCAAUAACUCCUCAAUGACUGGUAUGGGAAAUUUGUUGGGAAUGGUUACUUUGUUCAAAGCCCUGUAGUCAGUACAAAACCUCCAUCCUCCAUCUUUCUUCUUCACUAGUAACACAGGGCUUGAAAAAGGACUAGUGCUGUGUCUCACAAUCCCAGCUUGUAGCAUAUCCUUUACUAUCCUUUCAAUUUCAUUCUUUUGAUAGAAUGGAUACCUAUAUGGUCUCAAAUUGGGAAUGGCAGCAUCAGGUUUCAGUCUAAUAGCAUGGUCAUGUGCUCUCAUAGGUGGCAAACCUGAUGGUAAAUUAAACACUUCCUCAUAAGGCUUUAAUAAUUCCUCCCAUUCUUCCUGACUCCCUGUUUCACUUUCUGCUCCCACCUCCAUGGUUUGCACAUAGAACCCAACACCCUCAUCCAUUAAAUUUUUCACCAUAGCCUUCCAAGUGGACUGUCUUACACAUAAGGCAGGAUCUCCCUUGAUUUCAUAGGUCUGACCUUUCUUCCCCCAUUUCAAACUCAACUCUCCAAAAUUGGCCUCAAUCUUCCCCAAACUGGCUAGCCAAUCCAUACCUAAUACCAACUCAGUACCUCCUAACUCCAUCAUGAAGAAAUGCUGACUGAAAUUCACUCCCUGCACAUUGAAUUCCAGCCCUUCACACACUCCUUUGUUUCUCACCUUUUCUCCAUUUCCUACUUCAAUCACAUAAGUGGGAGUCUCCACCAUUUCCACAUCUAACUCUGCUGCUACUUUAGAAUCAAUAAAAUUACUCGUAGCACCUGAAUCUAUUAAAGUUAGCAGCUUCUUCCCCUUCACUUCCACCCAUACUUUGAAGGAUUUGUUAGAGGUAAAGCCAUCCCUACUCUGCAUAGACAGCUGCAAGGUUUGCAGUUCCUCUACCUUCUCUGCUACAGCCAAUUGAGUUUCCCCUAACAGCUCCUCUUCUGCCUCUUCCCCACUACUAUCUUCACAUAAUUUCAGACUCAUAUGUUUGAAUUUACAAACAUGCUCCCUAUUCCACUUGUCCCCACAUUUGAAACAAAGCCCUUUCUUGCUCCUUUCCUCCAACUCUGCAGGAUCCAACCUCCUACCCUUUCCCUUGUCAUUUCCUCCUUGAUUUUUUUCACUUUCCUUCCUAGAUCCCCCAGCCUCUGCAGGAUCCUUUAGUUUGAAAGUGCCUCCUCUAUCUUUCCACGAGCUACCCUUCUUUGUGACCACUUCAUUUUUCUCCUCAAUUAAUAGGGCUCUGUCCAUCAACUCAGCUAGGUCUUGGCUUUCAUGGAGCUUCAACUCAGCCUGGAUUUCAUCUUUGAGUCCAUUCAGAAAAAUGGAGUCUAGCAUGAUUCGUUCCUCCCUCCUCAGGGGUGCCACCAUCAUCUCAAAUUUCUCUCUAUACUCUCCUACUGAGCCUUUCUGUUUCAGACUCAGUAACGGUCCCAGAGGGUUGUGCAAUAACCCUGGUUGAAAACGUCUCAUCACUGCUAUCUUAAACUCUUCCCACGUUCUCAAAGCUGUUUGUUCUUCCCACCACUGGUACCAAUUUAACGCCCUGUCUUCCAUGGCCAGCAUUGCUACAUCUAGCUUGUCCUUGGUCCUAACAUCGUUCAACUGGAAGUAUCGUUCUAUCUUCACCAGCCAACCAUAAGCAUCUUCUCCUUUGAACAACGAAAUCUCUAGCCUUCUACGACUCCCAAAAAAUCGUGAACGACCCUCCCCUCUGUUUCGCCGGUGACGGUGUUGAGAUUCGCGUGAGAGGGAGCUCCUGUCGCUCUCUUCUUCCUCCUCCUCGUCGUACCCACCCCUUUGAGGACGUCCGUUCCUUCCAUGAUUUCGCCGUGGUUGUUCCAAGAUUAUCUGACGGAUUUUCUCCGCUGUAACGUGCGGUCUCGCCUGUUGUUCUAACACCAUCAAGCGAAUCUAUUCCAACGUCCCUUCGAACGUGUUCAUCCUUUGCUCUACUGAGUCGAUUCUGUUUUCCAUUGCGCUACGGGUAACCACCAUCCACUGUGUUCUUCGAACCAAGGCUCUAGAUACCAAAUUGAUAGGUUCAAUUUGAUAUAAACAGUGUAAAUAACAGAAAGAGCAGAAAAAUAUAGGAAAGAUUUGAUUAUUUCAGCAACUACCUACUAGAGUUCAAAUGGGAUCUAGUAGUGUACAAGUACUCAGACUGAAAAUAGAAAUAGAAAGAGGGAAUUUAACCCUAGCUAGGCAACUUCGAGAGGCCUAUCUCUCCUAGAAUUUAGUACUGAAUUCUGACAUACUGACUCACUAAUUAUUGCUGCUAUUUAUUCUAAACCUAGGACCAGCUUGUCCACUCACAGCUGGACACCUCACCCUGCCCAUGUGCUGUCCUAACGGUUUUGUACUAUAUGCCAGCUAUUAUUUUCUUCUCUCUCUUGCGUGUCCUUUGAUAGAAUCUCCCAAAUCUACCAGUUAGAUGUUAGUUUGUGAGAAGAAAUGGACAUAGUUUUCGGCUUUGUUAUGCAUAUUAUUUCCUUAUUACUCUGUAUAUGGAUUCAUUCAUUUAGGACUUUGUUGAGUAACUCUAUUUUUUUGCCUCUUCAUUUUGUCUUAAACACUUACAAUAUGUAAGCCCCACAGUAGCGCAGCAUUGGUUCUUGCUGAAACAACCAGAUGAGAUGUUACUCUGCUAUCGUUUUUUAUUUCAAGCCCUGUAAAAAAAUCAUGUAUCUGUUCAGUCUAUACAAAUACAGUUAUUACUUGCAAGCAAGAGUGUACAUCAGCAAACUUAUAUAGCUAUUUUUUUCCCAAUUUGUUUACCCAUAAAUUCCCAUGUCAAAAUCUUAUUGCUCCAUAUGAGUAUAUAGAUAUUUGCAGGAGUAUAAGCCCCAAUAUGUUUAUCAAUAAAUUCCCAAGUCUAAACCUUAUUGCUGAAUAUGAGUAUAGAUAUUUGGAGGAUUGUUUUUAUUAGUUGAUGCUUCCUUUGAGUUUAAUUGAGAAAGAAACUAGGGUGUUUCCUUUUCAACCUUCAAUUAUGUCGAGACAAUUCAAUUUCACCCAAAUGUUGCAUUCUUCAAUCAUUCUUAUUGAUAAAGACUUGUCUCCUUUUAUUGAGAUGGCUUGGUUAAUUAUGAGCUCGUAGAGAAAAAGAGAAAGUUGACUUAAUUUGCUCUUGUACUAUGCUUGACUUUGACAUCUUGUGUAUCUACUAACACUUAAUCAUAUUUCAAAGUCUUUUUGACGAAUGUCUCUCGAUUAGAGAUACAAUCUCUAAUAGUGUUGUGAUUUCUUCUUAUUUGACGUCUCUAAAAGUGUUGUGUUUCCAACAAUGAAGACCUCAAGAACAUGAUUGAAGAAUAUGAUCGUUUGUCUUCAAACCCUUCUCUUAUUCUUCACCAAACCAGAAACUGUUAUUUCCAUGGGCAAUUAUGAUAACUCUGAUAAUCACGCGUGGUUUGUGGAGGCUCUCAAUAACUCAUGUAUUAUGUCCCGAGUUGUUUUUGAUUUUGGUGCAAUGGUUGAUAUUGAAAGGAUAUUUUUUUGUAUAAUGUUGUGUGCUUAAUGAAAUCACAUUGAGUGUAUAUUUAUACUCAUAUGGGUUGUACACAAUAAGGUAAUACAAUCAAUCUUAUAAAUACAAUAUUAAUACUAAUAAAUUCUAAUUGAUCACUAAACAAUUCUAAUAGAUUCUUAACACUUCAUCUCAAGCCAGAUUAUAUAUGUUAUAUGAGCCGAGCUUGUUACGAAUGUAAUCCAUUCGAGAGCCCUUGAGAGACUUAGUGAACAUAUCAUCCAAUUGGUCUUCAGACUUAACUAUAUCGUGAUUUCUUCUGAAAGCACCUUGUCCCUUAUAUAAUUACAGUUUCUACGUGCAUGGUCCGUUUAUGAAAAACUAGAUUAGAUGCAAUAUGGAGUACCACUUGAUUGUCACAUAUGAGUUUUGUGGCCUGAAGAUCUACCAACCUAAGCUUUGAGAGUAAAUUUUUAAGUCAUGCAAACUCCUUCCAGGUUCCUGUCGUAACACGAUAUUCAGCUUCAGCACUAGAUAGUGCGAGUGUAUUUUGUUUCUUGCUUCUCCAUGAGAUCAUAUUACCUCCAAUAAAGACACAAUAUCAAGAAGUAGAUCUCCUAUUUGAUGGUGAUCCGGCCCAGUAUGCAUCUGAAUAACCAAUGAUUUUAGCAUCAUCCUUAUCUUCAUAUAAUAGUCCUCUUUCUGAUGCGUUCAAGAGGACUAUUAUAUGAAGAUAAGGGUGAUAACAAUGACAUUAUUAUCACUGUUGCCAAAUAAUAUAAAAAGUGAAGUUUCUGAUAAUAACUAGCAACAUCAAAUUGUUUAUAUUCAUGGUACUACUGGUACAACAGGUUAGGUUCCAAUCUAUAUAUCCUGCUACUCAAUUUAUGUACCACAAUCAUACCAACAAUUUCAUCAGUACUCAGUUUGUGCAGUACCAGUUGGACUUGGAUCCACACAAUCACAAAGCAUAUGCAAUAUAGCUGACACGAAAGUAAGCCACUGAUGGCACAAAGUGUUGUACUUGAGCUGACUCCAAGAGUUUGUAAAACUUCAGUGGCAUCAAAUCCUGCUUUUGUUCAAACACCUUCCAAUCAAUUUCAACAGCAGGUGGAUUUGCCUCAAAAUCUAAAUAUUCACCAGUUUGUUAUGGUUCUGAAUAUGGUGGAGCAGCUAUGCAAUUAUACUGCACACCACAACAUCCUGCAAAUGUAAAUGCACCAUUUUAGCACACAAAAUCCAUGACCUCAGCACAGUCAGCAGCUGCUGCUGCUUCAGCACUAUCAGAUCUUCCAAAACAGUUUCCUAUACACAAUAAUCGGCAACCAAAUUGAACUUCACAACAAGUAGAAUUCCAUUGGUGUAAAGUAUGCUCGGCAUCAUAGUAUUAAUUUAUUAUAUAUUCGAAGCUAGUUUUACGUAGUUUUUAUUAUUUUGCUAUGAUAUCAAGUACUGCAAUUUGGACUGCUAUUUAACAAGUUGUUGAAUACAUUGUUUCUCUGCCUAUAAAACGAUCGAGUUAACUUGAGAGUAAUGUUGGUUAGCUUAAUAAGCCGCAUUUGUAAAAUAGGCCCAAAGAUAAAUGUCAGUGUGUUGCAUUUGUAGUAACGAAUAAGAUGUUGAAGCAUUAGCAGCAAGUAAACCAACUAAAGAUGGUGAUCCGAUUAGUGAGACGACGGAAUGUUGAUCUCCAUCGACUGCAUAGCGAGAAAUAAGUUUGCUUGUUUCAAACAUGCCAUGUGAUGCCUUUAUAAACCAUGGUAACUAACUAAAUAGUUAAGAGUGGAUAUGCAGACCGAACCUCAUGUUUCAAUUCCACCCCUAGAGGCAGGCAGGUAGUAGAAUAUACUAUUAUUAUAUUAGGCGUUUGUGUAAACACCAAAAGAGUCCCACAUCGUUUGUUUUGGAGUUUAACAAAACGUUUAUAUAAAUCUGAGGAGACACAUAUUGGCACGACCUUACUUGAACAGGAUCUGUUCUAAAGGCUCGUACUACUGUAUCCUUGAUUUCAAAGGAGACAGGAACUCAAGUCUGGAUGAAGAAAUGAGACCGCACGAUCAGAGCGUGACUAACGGCUGAGAUGCUUAUCAAGCUGAUACUUCAUCUUGUGCUGUAGAUGAUCGUUCUCGGACAGUGCAAGCUGUGCGGGGUGGUCGUGCGGUGAUAUGACAGACUCAAAUCCUUU